AUGUCUAGUUUCGUAUCUUCCUUUUUUGGUUGCAUUCCGUUUAUCGUAACGUUUAUAUUCAUAUUAACAUGGGCAUAUACAUUCAUAUUUCGUCAGAACAUAGUACAGACAUAUUCAAUACGAAAUCACAUACCGAAGGGUCAAAUCAACGAAUAUAUAAGGCGAAAUAUCAACGAGAAGUAUGGCACGGGAUUGAUGGAAGUUAAUGUUGAAGGAGUUGAAGAUGAUGAAUACACUAAUGUCGAUAAACGCAAUAUGUAUGGGGAUAAUAAUAAUUCGUUGAAUCGAAUUAUUGGGGUGGUAUUUAGCCUUACGUUUUCGUUUAGUGUGGAAUUGAUCAUUCUUAUGAUGUGUGAGCUUAUUGAUCUAUUUGACGAGCGUGCGAGGUUGAUUUGCUUUAAAUUUAUUAUCAACUCGUUGGUAUUUCUCUUGACAUGCAUCCAGCCGUUCGUGAUGAUAAGCUUGUUUCUCAAUGAGGAGCUCAUACCUAUAUCACAGAGCAACUUGAAGCGGACAUACACUGCUGCGGCGUAUAUAGGGUGGUUUUUUAUCCUUCACAAGUGUGGGGACCUUUCGCAAGCAUUCACACCCGAUAAGACUAGUUUCGGAACAAAGACGUUGAUCGAACGAAAAAUCAAUGAAAUCUCCAUUGCUGGAAUUACAACUAUGGCUAUACUAUCGGGUGUGGGAUCCACGUCCACGCCUUUCAAAGUAUUUUCAGUAAGGCGGAUUUUUUCAUAUUUCAGAAAUGAUGGCCUUCACAGCAGCCGUAAAGUGGAAGUGAAUGAGGCGGAUUUAAAUAACUUUAUUCAGUCCUAUAGUCACACCAGUUCUUUGAUUAACAAGAGAAAGAGCGAAUUAAACAAUUUGCAAGUUGUGAAUGGUGGUACGGUUUACAAUCUACCAAAUGCUUCAUCGGACAAUUUCCUUCUGUAUAACAGUCACAAAAUAGGCGAUCUCGGCGGAACUCCUAAAAAGAAUAAGUUAGGGGGGUUAAUUCAUAAAGUCCAGUCAUUUGCAAGCUUAUCGAGUCUCUCGCUAGACAAAGAAAAGCUGGAAGAGAAAGAGUUACGAAAUGAAAUCGAUUCUAUGAUAUCAUUGAGGCAGCACAUCUAUAAUGAUUUAGUUAAAGCUCUUUUCAAGUUUUCACACGACAGAGAACACGUUCAAAAUAAGAAUAAAAUAUGGGUUAAAGCAAUAAGUAUAUUUAAUGUUGCAUUUGCAAUAUACUGUGUUUAUCGGAUAAUUAACGUUUUCAUUAUUAAACAGGUGCUACUGUUUUUGAGAGAGCCAAAUCAAGAUGACACGGGUAUAAUAAACGAUUACGAUGAUGAUGCGGCUUCCAACACCGAUGCAUUAGCCAUAACAAUUUCCAAAUUAAUUCUCUCUACGACCCAAAUCUCGAUGCAAGAAACUCAAUUGGUUAACCAGAUAAGCUUAAUAUUAUCUGGAAGUUUAUUUGUUUGUUCGUUUUCGAAUGUGUUGAAGACGUUCCAGUCUUUCACCAAGUAUUUUCCCUCCAUCACCAAAAUUUCUCCCACGACAAAGGAUUGGUUGAAGAACUUGGUCAUCACAGAAUUAUUAGGUAUCUAUGUUAUUUCGACGGCAAUUCUAAUUAGGACAAACUUGCCAACAAAUUUAUCUAACCAAAUUUCAAAAAUUCUUUCUUUAACAGGAAGUUCAGCAUCAAAUGCAUUGCUCACUUCUGCGAAAGAAGUCAAGUUUAUAGACGAUUGGUUUGAUAAGGUAUUUGGCAUAGCAUGUGCCUCCACAUUAAUAGUCUUCGCCAUUAAAUUAUUUAUAGAUGAUGAGGGAGAUGAUAUAUAUGACGAAGAGAUGAUGCUAGAAGAUAAUGUUGCUCCCUAUAAGACAGCAUAG